AACAAGAGGGGAUUCUACUGGCAUCCCCUCCUCUUUUUUUCAAGCCCAAACUCCGUCCUUCUUAUGUAUUUGAAUAAAAAUCUGGUGAGCUAACACCUUUCAAAGGGGUUAUAGGCUUUAGAAAAUUGGUAUAGAGAGAGAUUUGAGCGUAAGUUAUUUACUGUGGUAACAUUUUUUGGAGAAACACAGCUGCAAUUGCUUGUUUCUGGAAGCAGAAAGAGGGAUAACCAGAGACCAUUGUUGCUAAGUAGCAGUGUCAUGUGUGUUUCUACUAGAUUUUAGGGCUACAGGAGAAGCUCAAUUAAGGCGUGAAACCACUGUAAGGACUUCCAUUUCUGGAUUGUGCCAGGAGGCAACGUUUCUCUCAUUGAAGUGUCUUGAGCUUGCUUUUUCAAGCUCAUGUUUGUAGUGUCAAUAUUGAUUCAAUUGGGAAAGGGAAUUAGGCACAUACACUAUCGGAGGAACAGAGACAUAUUGAUACUCUAUGGCCAUCUGACCACAAUGAGUGGCUUCUCAGAACUCAUUCUGGGUUCAUGCCAACAGAAUUCCAUCAGCAGCAGCAGCAAAGACCAGUCUUUGAGGUUCAUCUAGGUCAAUAUGAGCGGGAUCUUUCAUUUCAGGAAGACCUUUAACAAGGAUUAUUCGAGAAGGGUUUGAGCGAUCAGCAUCCUUACCACUGCAUUAGAGCUGAAUCUAGGUCAAUAUGAGCGGGAUCUUUCAUUUCAUGAAGACCUUCAACAAGGAUUGUUCGAGCAGGAUUUGAGCGAUCCGCAUCCUUACCACUGCAUUAGAACUGCCCUUCUGGGAUCAGGCCAACAGAAUUCCAUCAGCAGCAGGAAAGACCAGUCUUUGAGGUUCAUCUAGGUCAAUAUGAGCGGGAUCUUUCAUUUCAUGAAGACCUUUAACAAGGAUUGUUCGAGCAGGGUUUGAGGGAUCAGCAUCCUUACCACUGCGUUAGAGCUGAAUCUAGGUGUUGUGAGUGGUUUUGGACUUGGUCAGGAUUUGGAGUUGCAGGCAUCGAUGGAUUGACAAAAUCUACUCCUUGUUUCUACCAUCAGAAGCCUCGUGCGCCAUUAGGUGUACCACAGUUUUCACUUUUGAAACUAGAUGGAAGGCCGCUGGUCUGGGGUGAAUCUCAAUUGAAUAUUGAUUCUGACCAACAAAAAAUGAUGUUAGAAGUUAGGAGGCCUGGUGAAGACAUCAACUCAUAGAUGGUUAAUGGAUCUAUUGAAGACAAAUCAAAGCGACCUUCAUGGAGUUACUUCAUCAAAGACAUGGUAAUCAGUCUGCAUAGUUAUCUGAGUCUUUCAUCAGCUUUUGGGUCUUCUGCAUGCUCUGAAUGGGAAGGCCAACAGGUUACCACGAGAUGGCAAUUAUCUGCCUAGAUCUAACCUGAGAUAAUUCCUUGUUUUUUAGAAAUAUUGAAGGUGGUCAGAAUUAUUCUGAAACGUCCAAGACAGACAUUCUGAUGCAGAAGUUUAUUUCUAGUGAUAGAACUUUCAUGAUGAGCGAAAUUUUACAAUGAUGCAUCCCUGGAAUCUUAUUGGUUGGUUGACGAAUAAUUCUGGGGCACCAGCUGCAUUUGUAAGUGGAAUUUUUCAGCAUUGAAACACUCGGUAGCAACUUUCUGAAGAAAUCUAUAGUCUUGGAGUACCUUCUGCAUCUCCUUUGAUUUAGUUUACCUUCAGAUAAAGGAACCUUUCCAUAAAUCAAGAGAUGCCAAUGGUCUUGUUGACUAUGUUGAUGGUUGAUGCUACAUCAGAUUUCCGGGUAUGCUCUUUCCAAAGGAUGUUGAUGAUGUGUGUUACUGAAGACGGUCUUCCUACCAAGUUUGGAGACAGUAUAUAUAAGAUGAUGUUGAUGAAAAUGAGUUACUGGACUGAUGGAGAAGUAGCGGUUCUUAAAGAUGGUUCACUACAUUAAUUUCUGGUUCGGCAUGGAAACAAAGUUCUUUAGAAUUGACUGGAAAUGAUUAUUUCAACCAUGUUAACUUUCGGGAGGCUGCAAGAGAUCUAUAGAUAAGAAUACAGGCAAAGGUAUUGAAGAUAACAAAUACAUGGGAUUAGCUCACUUACUCCUGGAGUUGACUGCUACUUUUGUGGGUUUAAGAUUGAUAUGAAAUUAGAUGGUGUAGGUUUUCCUAGGAUUAUAAGGUUGUCGCUGAUAAAUAUCUAGAGGCUCUUUACCCUUCUCUAGCUUUUCUGCGGACUCUGAGAACUAUCCAAAGAGAGAGUUAGAAACAACUUACAUGUUUUGAAAAGCUUUCCCUCAUAUGUUCUUAUCAAGGACGGAUGGAAUAGUAUUGGAACUGUAUGUAGACUCCGAAGAUCAGCAUAAUUUAGAGGAAGAACAAAAGCGUUAUUCUGGAUCUGCAAGUGCUUUCAAAGAUUCAAGCUUCAGUAGUGUGAAUCUUCUUGGAACGGUACAUGGUGCGGUCCAUUUGUUCUCAGCCAUUGGAUAAGCUUGGACACAAUAGGAAAAGAUUAUCCUUGACCCUCGGCCCUCCAUACCCGUUUACCUAUUAAAAAUUAGGUGUAGAGAUCCUGUCCGUUGUGUCACUUAGCAUUGUAUCGUUGCAUAAAUAUUAGCUAUUAAAAGCUGCUCGUUUCUUGGUUUAUACAGCUUUUGAUUAUUCUUUUCCU